AUGACAGAGGGAACUGUGUACACUAUGCUCAUCUUCCUUCAUGGUUUAGGCGACACCGGUCAUGGUUGGGCCGAGACCCUUCGCGAGUAUGUUCCGCCCUACUGCAAAGUCAUCUGCCCACACGCAAAAGCGCGACCAGUUGCACUGAACAUGAACAUGGUUAUGCCUGCAUGGCACGAUAUUUAUGGACUAGAUUUUGAUGCACCACAAGACGAGACUGGGAUUAAGUCGGCCGCAGAAGAGUGUAGGCUAAGCUUCGCACUUUCUUUUAUGCCUAUUUAA